GAUUGAAGAUUUGCUUCAGAUAUUUUACAAGAUGGCAAACUUUACUUGUGCACUGUUGGUAAUUGGUUGCAUUGGUGCUCUCAUGCAAGAAGCGAGAGCAAACAAUGUAAAAGAUCAUUCAAAAAAGGAUUUCUUAUCAAUAAGCUUCGACAUAAAACGCACUUUGAAAUCUGGACACAGAAAUGUAACAUUUAAGACACAAAUUGCAUUUAUAAAAGCACAAAUAGCUGCACUUCAAGCAUAUCACAAAAAACUUGGCACACAAAACAAAGACCUUGAAACAUUUAAGAUAGAGCUUCAAUCCAAAAUUAACCAAACACAUACACAAAGGGGUAAGCUUCUGAAGUUACAGAAACAAAUAAAGAAGUUUGAAAUUAAAAUGAUUAAGCUAUCAUUACAAAUGAAAACACUUGAAGCAAAAAUAGCAACUGCCCAAACGGAGCUAAAACGUCUUGAAAAACAAUUUAAAAAGCUUUUCAAGAAUAAUAAAAAUCUCAUGCAAACCCAAAUAAAAGGAAAAGACUGUGCAGAUCUUUACGAAAAAGGUGAAAAAAAGAACGGAGUGUAUCAAAUUGAUCCAGAUGGCCGAGGUUGUUUCGAUGUUUUCUGUGAUAUGAAGACAUCUGGUGGAGGUUGGACUGUGUUUCAAAGACGUCAAGAUGGAAGUGUAAGCUUCUAUCGAGGUUGGAAGGACUAUAAACAAGGAUUUGGUAAUCUUAGUUCAGAGUUCUGGCUUGGAUUGGAUAAAAUAUACCGUUUAACAUCUUCAAGGAGAAAUAAACUUCGUGUUGACCUAGGAGACUGGUCAGGAAACAAAGCUUAUGCUGAAUAUGAUUAUUUUGCUGUAAAGAACGAAACACACAAAUAUCAGUUGAGUAUUGGUGCAUAUUCUGGAAAUGCUAGGGAUUCAUUAUCUUAUCAUAAUGGCAUGGCAUUUUCAACCAAAGAUUCAGAUAAUGAUAAAAUUAGUGGAAACUGCGCCAUUCGCGACAAAGGUGCUUGGUGGUAUAAUGGUUGUCAUCAAUCUAACCUGAAUGGACACUACUAUAGUGGAGCAUACAACAGUUGGAGUAGUGUGAGUUGGUAUAAUUGGAAAUAUAACUAUAAAUCCUUAAAGUUUACUGAGAUGAAAAUGAAAACCACAUAGAAUUUUUAAAUAUUGUGUUUCUUAACUUUCAUGAAUAUAUCUUAUGAAACUUCGCAUAAUAUUGACAUUUGAUAACUAUUCUUUCAAUAGAACAUUUACAAUCAUCAUUCAUUUAAAGGAGCGUAGAAAAAAUUGUUGAAAAAUGUUGUGGUAAAAUAAUAAAUUUAUAUUUUUCCACAAA